GGGCAACACCAGCAUCUCGGGCCUCCCGAAAAGGAACGUCCUCUGCUCGCGAGGGGACUCAUGGAACGACGUCGUUACCCAAAGAUGACACCUUUGGGCCUUCUUAUGCUGGGCUUGGUGGGAGUAACGAGCGCCUGUUUCAUCACAAAUUGCCCUCCUGGAGGCAAGCGGUCUUCCGAACCGUCAGCCGUCCGAAUGUGCCCCCGGUGCGGUCCCGGUGGUCGCGGAGUGUGCUACAGCGCGGACGUGUGCUGCACGAGCAGCGCUUGCGUGAUCAACGACCCACUGCUGGCGCUGCCGUGCCGUGCCGAGAGCCUGCACAGCCACGCCUGCCAGGUGCCCGGAAAGCGCUGCGGUGCCGUUGCACAGGGACGAUGCGCUAUGCGGGGAUUCUGCUGUGGUGCAGACGGCUGCAGGAGAGACGAGUCUUGCUCAAAUGACGCAAGUACCGACCAGUUCGGAACGAGCGUCGACAUGCUGGAGUACGGUGUAUCUAGGAGGUAACCGACCGACCCGUGGAUCACCUGAGC